UGAAUGCCGGGCCAGUCGUCACCUACUCCUCGUUCUGUUCUUCCACGAAGCGCCGUCGCCCUCUUAUGCCCUCUUGACGUAGCUCCUACUGAUAUCCUCUGCGCACACCUCGAACUGCGGUGGCGAGAAUGCGUCUCAAAGAAUACAUACCUUGACUUUGGUCAGUAGCGUUUAGAAGAAACUCUCGGCUUUUACACGUGUCACGCAAAAGCUUUUGGGAAAUUACAGACCCUGUCUGUCCUUCAGAAAGCAUCCUUGCCCUUUUCGUCAUAGUAAGAUAACUCAUAAUCCGAAAUAUUUUUUCGAUGCCCGCGUCGCUGCUCGCGAAGCGUGCCCUAUGGCGGUUGCGGGAAUCCCGCGGCAGUUCCCUAGGCGAAGAAAUAGCUAUAGACUCGAAGCGCCCGAGAUCGAGCUUUUCGGGAGACGAAAGCGCGGCUCGACCGGACAGUGCAGGAACGGACGGAAAUGCCGCCGAAGAUAGCGGAAUCGAAUUAGUCGCGGGCACGUGGCAAGUCGACAACGCGGGAACCGCGGCGGAAGCGACGGAGCCGAGUGAAGGUAGUACUCCGGGAAAUGCGGGGGGGAAGAAACCGCAAGACGCGGCGGGGAAGGCGGCGGGAGAUGCGGAGCAGCGAGAGACGUUGGAGAUUAUGCUGGAGGACGGGCUGCAUCUGACGGUGGAGCUUGACUCUGGCGAGCGGCUUCUUAACGAGCUGGGAUACAAACAGGAGCUGAAGCGACGCCUGAGCUUCUUCGAGGUGUUCUCUAUAGGCCUCUCCACCAUCAUCAUCUAUGCUGGCGUUGUCCCAUUCUACGCCCGGACAUACAUGAAUGGCGGUGCCGUGGCGCUCGUGUGGUACUGGUGGCUGGCAGCCCUCUUCACUCACUGUGUCGCCCUCACCUUCGCAGAAGUUUCCUCCUCCUUCCCUAUCUCCGGGUCGCUCUAUUUCUGGGCGGCAGCUCUAGCCGGGCCAAAGCACGGCCCCUUUGCAGCAUGGAUCACAGGCUGGUUGGAGUUCUUUGGCAUAUCUGUGGGCCUGGGAGGGGUGGCAUUCGGCGGGGUGCAGCUGCUACAGUACACCAUCUAUGCCGCUACAGGGGGUGCUCUAAACGGGGGCUACCUGCUCAGCAACUACGAGUGCUUUGGGAUAACGGUGGGCGUGCUUAUAACGGGCGGACUGCUGACCUCGCUCCCCAUUCAAGUCAUCGGGGGAAUUAACGUCUUCACUGCGGUCUGGCAGAUCCUCCUCACCCUCGUGAUCAUCAUCGUGCUGCCCUGUGUGGCCGUCACCACACAGCCCGCCUCCUUCGUCUUCACUCACUACCACGUGCAGCUGGACCAGAGCCACCUGCCCAAUGCCGCAUACGCGUUUGUGGUGGCCAUGCAGCUGCCUCUGUACGGCCAGUAUAGCUACGACACUGUAGCGCACAUGGCGGAAGAGACGAAGCACGCCGACCGCACGAUCCCAGCCGCCAUGGUGUCGUCGCUCACAGCGGUGUGCGUGCUGGGGUGGGGGCUCAUCGUCUCCCUUACCUUCUGCAUCGAGAACGACGAGCGGCUGCUGGGGACGCACAACGAGACGCGUGGGGAAUAUCCCGUGGUGCAGAUCAUAUGGGACGUGUUCAGCCACCGCUAUGGCAGCGGCACAGGGGCGGUCAUUAUUCUCUCCUGCAUGUCCGUUGCCUUCUUCCUCGGAGUCGUGGGCGGGCUCACAGGGGCGUCCAGAGCGGCCUACUCCCUCUCUCGCGACUCCGGCCUGCCCUUUGCCUUUCUGUGGCGGCGGGUCAACCGCGACCGCACACCCGUGUACGCAGUUUGGCUGUGCUGCAGCAUCUCCAUCAUAUUCGCCACGCCGCUGCUGAACAGCACGGACACCUUCUUUUUUAUAACGUCACUCGCUACAGUCUCGUGGGUGGGCAGCUACUCCGUGCCCAUCUUCUUCAGGCUCAUUCAGCGAGACGAGGACUUUCACCCUGGGGCGUUCAAUCUGGCGGACUAUGUUGGCAGCACAGGCAGGCGCCUUAUCAACCUGCUAGCACUCUUCUUUGUUGUUUACACCAUAGCAACCUUCCUGGUACCCAUCGACUUCCCCAUCACGGCCUCCAACUUCAACUAUGCUUGUGUGGGCGUCAUCUGCCUCGUCGUCUUCUUCAUCUCCUGGUGGCUGCUAGACGCCAGGCACUGGUUUGUAGGCCCGUACCAGCACAAGGGCUCCACGCAAAGAAUAUCCAAGUACUCUGCUGGACGCCUGUUCAUGUGAAUGAUUGAAAUGAAAGAAAGUAAUAGUGUUUCA